AUGGAUAUUACACAUUUACAAGCCCUGCUAUCUGUAAUUUUUCACAGCCUGGAUGCCUAUUUGGCAAAAAUGCUCAAUCAGUUAGACAUUGAUUAUAAUAGCUCUAAUGUUGCAGUUGAGAAAAAUCAUAUCUAUCCAUUAGCUCCUCCUAUAACUCGCUAUAGUGAGACUGUUAUUCCAAUGAUUAAGAGAAGUUUGAUUGAUGGCACACUUUUGGAUGAGAAUGUUGCUCGUAAGUUGAAUGAAUUGACCAUUCCAAAACUCUGCAUCAGGCUGAACACUCUGCAAUAUAUUCAGAAACAAGUUGGCAUCCUAGAAGAUGGAAUUAGAAAAUCAUGGGGACUCAUUAGACCUUCUCAUGAUCAAAGACGAACAAAAGGAGAGCUCCUGGAAGAUAGGAGUUUGCUAGCAAGUAGUGAAGCAGUUGAUGCGUUGUUUGCCACCACUUGUCACAUAAUCAGGGACACCACAACAGAUGCUAUCAGAAAAUUUUGCAACUUUACUGGAGCAAGAGUUGUGUUUUGGGAUUUGAGAGAUCGAUUCCUCUUUCAUUUAUAUCGUGGAGAUGUUGGAAGUUCUCGCUUGGAAAGUUUUCUUCCUCAUAUUGAUACUGUUCUUAAUCAUAUAUGUGGUUUGAUUGAUGAUACUCUCAGAGACCUUGUGGUUUUAAGCAUCUGUCGUGCAUCAUUGGAAGGUUAUGUAUGGGUAUUGCUUGAUGGAGGUCCUUCUCGUGCGUUUUCUGAAUCAGAUAUCACAAUGAUGGAAGAUGACCUUAAUGUAUUGAAGGAAUUCUUUGUUGCUGAAGGAGAAGGCCUUCCCUGUUCCUUAGUUGAGCAAGAAGCAAAAUUUGCACAACAAACACUUAGCUUAUUUUCUCUUCAGACUGAAACUGUUAUUCACAUGUUGAUGAAUGCAAGCAAACACAUAUCAAUGAGAGUGGAGUCUCAUAAACAGGGUCAUGUGGGCUUGGAAGAUGCCCACACUUUAGUACGAGUGCUAUGCCACAAGAAAGAUAGAGAAGCUUCUAAAUUCUUAAAACUGCAAUAUGAACUUCCCAUGUCUUCAGAGUAUGAUGACACUCCAUCAAGGGAUUCAAAUUUUGGGUCUCCUCUUGUAUCAAAUCUUCUUAAGCGAAGUACCUCAUUUCAUUGGCCUAAAAAGGGCCAGAGCAGUUUCAAAUUGGUAAGGAAGAAACUUCAAGCAGCAACAUCUGAAAUCAGGGAUGUGGCACGCUCAUAUUGGACGGUCAGAUGGUCCCAACUCCGCAGCUUCCGUGUUCGUGUGCAAAAGAUGGAGAUGAUUCCAGCUGAUCAAGUGUGA